CUAUAUACGCCCCCACUUCCUCCUCCUCUGCUCGCAUCCCCUGCUUCUUCCCCUGCUUCUUCGUCUGCUUAAUUGUGUUGUUGGCCAUGAGGAUGAGCUGCAAUGGCUGCCGAGUGCUGCGGAAAGGAUGCAGCGAGGACUGUUCCAUCCGCCACUGCUUGCAGUGGAUCAAGAGCUCCGAGUCGCAGGCCAAUGCCACCGUCUUCCUCGCCAAGUUCUACGGCCGCUCCGGCCUCAUGAAGCUCGUGGACGCCGGCCCCGCCCACCUCCGCCCUGCGAUCUUCCGGUCUCUGCUUUAUGAGGCCUGCGGGCGAUUCGUGGACCCGAUCUACGGCUCGGUGGGGUUGCUUUGGUCGGGCGGCUGGCCGCGGUGCCAGGCGGCGGUGGAGGCGGUGCUCAACGGCGCGCCCUUGGCGUCGAUUUCCUCCGAUGCGGCGACCUCCACCACCCCGUCGCCGCCGCCGCCGCUCAGGGCCUACGACAUCCGCCACGUCUUCAAGGACAGGGCACCCGCCGAGCUCCACAGGGUCAUCAAGCCCCGCCACCGGUUCAAGCGUUGCGGCGCCAGGAACUCGACUCAUCCCGAAGCACCGCCGCCGCCCGCAGAGGCGGACAACGAGAGCACGUCGGCGGCGGACACCUUGGAGGAGGCGUCUCACGUGAGCCAGGGCGGCGAACCUGACCGCGACAAGGCCAAAGAGGUCGGCCUCGAGCUCACCCUCGGCUUCGGGUCGGUAUAAUCCCAGUCAACGCGCUUCACGGCCGACGUCACCCUGGCGCCGGCGGCGGCCGCUUUUUAAUCCACAAUCCCACUACAUCACAACAAAAAAAGCCGGCCGGCCGGAUGAUCGAUCAAAGAGUUUUUUUUCUUCAGUAAUUCACUUGGCCGCCUCUCCUCUCCUCUCCGUCAACCGAUCAUAUGUAGAUCACACUAGUUUUUUCAUGUUUGUCGUAUCUUCUUCGAUAUGCCUUAAUGUUCAUUUAUCGAUCCGUAGGAUUAAUUAAUGUAAAUUAAACUAGGUCAAAGUUUUUUUUUUCUUU